AUGAAGAGUAGGAGUUCAGCCGGGAAAUCGGAUUCUCGUUUGUCAAGGUCGAAGUGCCCGCUUGUCCUAUCUUGUAUUUCGAGCAUAACUAUGCCAAGAGGUAGGAAAUCCUUGCUUUCUGGUAUGAAACUUUCCUAUUGUUGUGAAUGGCCAAACUGCUAUAUCAUGUAUGAUAACGUAGAUUUAUUCAAAUAUCAUCAGCUGCAACAUUUUAGAGAAUUAUGUGAGCAACCUCCACAAGGUUCUUAUUUUUUUACCUGUGGCAUAUGUAACACUUCUUUAAAUGUAACUGAUGGUGAUGCGAUUGAAAGGCAUUCGUUUUUUCAUUCAUGGGUCAACCAACUGAAAACAAUUGGCAAACAUAUUCUGGAACUAAAUGAUUGGCCUGUAUGUUUGUCCGAUUCAAUAUCAUGUAAUUUGAUCCCCGAGCUUCCAACCAAAUUCGAAUGUGGAUGGGAAUAUUGUGAUUUUAAAACCAACGAUGUUUCUGUAUUUAUUACUCACGUAUCAAAACACCCAGAGGAGUAUACUGAUUCUCGAUAUCCUGAGAAUGUACAAUUAAAAUGUUUGUGGGAGAAUUGUACAUAUAUGGCUAAUCGUUUAAAGAAUCUUUCAUGUCAUUUGGAUACUCACACUCAAGCCAAACGUGCAGCUUGUCCUACAUGCGGUUUGUUGCUGGUUGAUUUCCGGAAAUUAGAAGAUCAUCUUAAACGUCAACAAAUUCAUUUAUUAAACAAAAGCACUCAUUUCAAGCAAAACUUGCAUCAUUCAAUCAAACCAGUGAAAUGUAAUCGUUGUCGAAGAGUUUUCAGCACACAACGAUUACUGAUGUCACACAUGAAAAGACAUAUCAAUACAGUUAAGUGCCCUUUUUGUGAUAUGACUGUCUGGAGCAAGUCAGCUCUGGAACGUCACAUUUUAUUUCGCCACUCAGAUGAAAAACCAUAUAAAUGUCCACAUUGUUCUUUUGCAUUUAAACUUACCAACGGUUUAACACGGCAUUUAAGGCUCCGACAUAAAAUUAAUGAAUUAAAUCAUAAUGAGAAAAAGUCAGCCAAUUCACUUGUAACAGAUACUACUCAAUCUGAUUUAGAUGCUGAAAAAUGGCCUCACUCCACAUCUAUCGCUCCAAUCCAUGGACUAUUGGCUCAAGCUGGUGCCUUACCAAAUAUUCAAACAGAUAUUUUACCUCGUACAGACAAUGAUAUUAUCCCUUGUGCAAAAGUGAAUGUGUUUGUUUGUCCUCAUAAUGGUUGUUCUUUCAAAACUAACAAAAGAAAUGGUUAUCUGAUUCAUAUUGGCCGUAAGCAUAAUCCACUCCCUUCUUAUUCAUCACUGGAAUCAUUAUCAGAUCAUUCAUACAAUGCUGAAAACUCAUCAAAUACUUCUCAAAAGCGUUUAUAUAUGUGUCAUAUGUGCUCUGUUGUUAAACGACGAGGUAGCGAAUUGUCUAAGCAUUUGGUAAAGGAUCACCACUUAGCUCGUCCUUCUGGUCACGUCCGUUUUACUUACACUAUUUCAGACGAUGGACAUUAUCGUCUUCAGUUAACUCGUCUUGAUACUGUAUGUGUUGCUGCUCAAUUACUUGGUGAGACAGUUGUUAGUAAAUUGCUGGUCGAGACAAGGAAUCAACAACUGCCCAUCUGUGAAUAA